AAGCCUUCUAUGUGAGAGGCGAAAAUCCCCCUGAGUAAACCGGGACUAUUUAGAGGAUGUUUGACUCUCGUCCUGCGGUUCACUAACCGAUGGUGAGCCAAGCGCAUCGUCGGUGAGGGUGAGGGGAACGCUUUCAAGAAAGUCUAAGAGAGAUCCUGAGACCAUGGAGCCUGCUUCCUUGACCCGGCAGAUCCGCUUGGAUUCCUCAGACUCUUCCUGCUCCAACUACACCCGCUCCAUCGCCUCCCUGGGUGGGUCAGAAGACUCCAUCUUGGAGGAGCGGACUGCCAGCUACCGCUCCGGCCGGCAAGGAUCGAACCCUCGACAGCUCUCCGACGGCUUUUCCCCGGACGAGCAGGACAGUGGCUUCAACUCCAACCCCCAGCUGGAGUCCUGCCCAAACAAUGGCAACCUGCGCUGCCGGACGCCGGACAUCAAGUCCCCUCGCAGAGGCGGUUCCGAAGACUCCGACGACGUCUGGCUUCCCCGGUUUCCACGACCCAGGAAGCUGGGUAUGGACAGGACGCUUGGUACCAGUGGUUCCCUUGGAAGCACGGAUAGCUGGAUUGAGAACAGUGUUAGCGAAGAAGAUGAGGACAUGGAUGAUGGAGAUAUCGCAAGAUGUUUGACCUCCAUGUCCUUGGGUUCAGGGGUCGUCAAGGUCACGGGGUCAGGUCGCUGCACAGUGAAGACCCUUUAUCUGGACGGAAACAAGAGCUGUGUGCGAUGGAGACCAUCCAAGAAAGGAAACAAAGCAAAAAUCAGCAUAGACUCCAUCAAGGAGAUACGCCAAGGCCCCAACACAGACAGCUUCAAGAAGUACCUGGCCGCUGGCAACAGGUGCCAUGCCAAGAUCUGCUUCUCCAUCAUCCACGGCAGCUCCUGGGACACCCUUGAUCUCAUCCUGGAGACGGAGGAAGAAACCGCCAUCUGGAUCCGGGGGCUGAAACACCUGCUGAAGGGGGUCAAGUCAGAGGUCCGACGGCACAACAGCAGCAAGCUUAGGGAUUGUUGGCUGAAGGCUACCUUCGAGGCCGCAGAUAAGAGCGGAGAUGGCCUACUGAGCAUGGACGAGGUCCUCAAACUUCUCCACAAACUCAAUGUCAACCUGAGCAAGAGGAAGGUCAAACAGCUGUUCAAGGAGGCAGAUAAUCAGGAUGACAACAUCGGCAAGCUGGACUUUGACGAGUUCAUCCACUUCUACCGCACCAUCAGCACCAGGCAGGAGGUGGACCUCUUGCUGAAGGACUACGGCCACGGCAAGGGCUACAUGACCCUGCAGGAGUUUGCCAGGUACCUGAGGGAAGAGCAAGGCAUGGGGGACGUGGAGCUGGAGCUGUGCCAGGAGCUGGUGCAGACGUACGAGCCGAUACCGGAGAAUGCCAAGAACGGCUGGAUUGGGAUUGACGGCUUCACUCGCUUCCUGCUCAGCCACGAGGGCGACAUCUUCAACCCCGCCCAUCGAGAGGUCAACCAGGACAUGACCCGACCUUUGACCCAUUACUACAUAGCUUCCUCCCACAACACCUAUCUGGUGGGAGAUCAGCUGAUGUCGCAGUCCAGCGUGGACGUCUAUGCUCUGGUCUUGCAGGCCGGAUGCCGCUGUGUCGAAAUGGAUUGUUGGGACGGCAAAGACGGUGAGCCCAUCAUCUACCACGGCUACACCCUGACCUCCAAGAUCAAAUUCCGUGACGUCAUCUCCAUCAUCAGUAAGUACGCCUUCGUGACCAGCCCCUACCCAGUCAUCCUGUCUAUCGAGAACCACUGCAGCCUGGAGCAGCAGAAGAAGAUGGCCCAGUACCUGGUAGAAAUACUGGGAGAAAUGCUGCAUGUCCCCACAAUUGACCCAAGCCGAACAACUUUACCAUCCCCAGAGGAAUUGAAAGGAAAGAUUCUCAUCAAGGCCAAGAAAUUACCACAGGAUCACAAUGAGAACCUGGAGGCGGGAGAAGUGAGUGAGGAGGACAGCGCCGACGAAUUAGACGAUGAACUCAAGCUUGAGCGAAGCAGCAUCUCCAAAAAGUUUGAAUCGGUCGCUAUGGCCCAGCUUAUGCUUAUGAGGAAGAAACCCAUAACGCCAACGCGGUCGGCAUGGCAACGCAUCGUCUCCAAGGUCCGAGAAGAUUCAAGGAAGAAGGAUUCCAACUCCAAAAACCAUGCUCGGUCCAGCUCUUUGACGGGUACCCUUCGACGCCUCAAGCUUUCAAAGAAGAAACCGAAGUCCCAGUCAUCAUCCGAGUCAUCCGAGGGGGGCAGUCUGGAUCUCUUGGAGAAAUCAGCCACAGAUGAGGAAACGACCGGGGACCAGUCUAGCACCGUUAACCCCAAGUUGCCAAGUCCACUGCACACUGGCCGGAGCCAUAAGGGCAAAUCCAUGGUGCUGUGCCGGCAGCUGUCCGAGCUGGUGCAGCUCACCCGAUCCGUGGGUUUCCGAGGCUUCAAAUCAACAAUGGCAUCGUGGGAGCUGCCGUCGCUGGGAGAGAUGCGAGCCAGUAAUUUGGUGGCCACCAAGGCACCGGACUUCGCUCAGUUUACCGCCAGCCACCUGUGCCGCGUCUACCCCUCGGCAUAUCGGAUAGACUCCAGUAACUACAACCCACAGCCCAUGUGGAACUGCGGUUGCCAACUGGUUGCGCUGAACUACCAAACGGAGGGACGACCAAUGCAACUCAGCAGGGCAAAGUUUAGUCUGAACGGAAAUUGUGGAUACGCACUGAAACAUUCUCUAUUAUGUGAUGAGCACAAGCCGUUUGACCCCAACAGUGGUGACCCAGUUCCCCAUCUUCCAAAGAAACAACUCACUUUGCACAUUAUCAGUGGGCAGCAACUUCCAAAACCUCCACAGAGCUUGCUCGGAGAAAGAGGAGAAAUAAUUGAUCCAUACGUGGAAGCAGAGGUCAUUGGCUUGCCAGUGGACUGUGCCAAGUCACAAACCAAAACUAUUCAGGAUAAUGGUUUUAAUCCCUUUUGGGACUGCACCAUGACGUUCACGAUACACCUGCUGGAGACGGCGUUGAUCCGAUUCGCUGUCUGGGACGAGGAUCCCAUCGGCAGGGACUUCAUUGGUCAGGCAACCUUCCCUGUCGCCAGCCUUAUGCCAGGUUACCGUCACGUUCAUCUGGAGGGCUUGGACCAGGCGACACUCUUUGUGCAUGUAACUGUGGAAGACUACAACUCAUGGGUGAACAACACGGCCCGGUUCAAACCUCGGGGCUCCCAGUGCCGCACUAAAUCCGUGGAGCUGGAUUACUCCCCCCUCUCCUCCCCCACCCACCACCGCCAGUCCCCCCGCCGCAAGUCUUCCCUGGGCCUGGUCCAGAAGCUGAACAUGCGGCGCCGGCACAGCAUGGCCGCCCUGCCACCACGGGAGCUGUCCCCGCUGCCCGCGCCGGGUACCAGGAUGAAGCGGCGGAGCUACGAGGAGGGUCACGUGAUGACUGGAAGCGCGGGCGAGUUGAGACCCGGGGGAGAAGAGUUUUCGGAACCUUAUUUAGAGCUUGCCCUUACUUGCACCGACACCGCUCUUGAUAAGAUCUUAGAUUCUCCAAUCCAAUCCCGGCUGGAGGCUGAUGGGACUUUCUCCAUCUCAGUUGAUGACCUUCCAGCUGUCUUGGAUCUGGGCAUCCCAUCCUCUACAAUCUUUGAGGCUGUCAGAGAGCAGAAGGUGAGUCUGUGGUCAGAGGAGAGCUACACCUCUGUGGAACAAUCCUUCAUGGUGGAUUUGUUGACAGAGGAGGAAUUGGAACGCAAUGCGGAGAGCGGAGAGACGGAGUCAAUAGCCAGCACUUUGAGCUAUGAGCAGUUUGUCCAGGAUGUCUUUGAGGACUGUUUGAGUCCUGAGCUGAGCUAUGAUCCCUGUCCUGAUCUGCUGAAAGAAGCCUCUCCCAGCUGUGGCACUGAGAGUGUGUCUGCAGACACUACAUCCAACGCGAAGGAAACUGCAAAUGCCAAAUUACCAUGUGAGACAUCAAAGCACUCAGAUUCAACAGAUUGUGCUGAUAGUGGUACCAGUGGUUUAGAAACCCCAACAGACAAGAGAGAUUCCUCAGAUGAAGACAAUGACGAUGUUUUCCUCCCUAAUUCUAGCAAAGUAGAUGAUGCUCUUUCCCAGCAAGCUAUCAAAGAGCCCAACUUUCAAAAGGAAGUCCUCUCAAGACUUAAAAAACCUCCUCCCCUUUCCAUCCUAAACCUUACUCCCGAUCUGAACCCAUCAAGAAGUCCUUCCAGUUCCCUUGGCAGCCCCCUUCUUACACCAAAUUCCCCACAGCUUGGCACAUUCACACGAGGCACAGUGGAGAGACGAUCCAGGAUCAUUUAUGAUGACACUGCCGAGUUCUUGCAACCUUGCGUUGAUUCGCAGGUCGCUUCCAAGACAAGUGAAGAAGUAUCUGUCUGCGUAGGUCAAAGGUGUACAAGUUCUGUGUCAAUCACUGCGUCAUUGGUUUGUAAGUCUGACGCCAUGCUUGACAAGCAUGAGAAUGAAUCUCAAAGUGGUUUCACUGAUGAUGAUACGGAUAGUAUCACAUGUUGUAAUGCUGAAUCAGGAUUAACAAAUGACAAAUAUUUUAAUCCCACUUCUGACACCACUGUGUGCAGCCCAGAUCUGAUCAGUGCAACUCAGAGUGAUACCAAUCACUCUCAUGCCACAGAUGAGAAAGGCAGAAUAAGCAGUGAUAAUAGAAGUGACAGUGAUUUGCCGUCAGUGUCGCACGAUGAUGUCACCAGCAACAUAGGUAUCACAAAUGAGAGUUGUACAUCCUCCGACGUGCACAGACAUACCUCUCAGGAUAUGAAAACAACAGAUCCAACAUCGUCAGCAAUAGUUAGCACAGCCAACUUGAAUACAAAUGAGAAAAUUCCAGCAAAAGGCAGCCCCCAAAGUUUGAACAGAUUACAAAAUAACCAUAUGCCCUCAAAUACAGAACAAGACCAAAUACCCAAUGGGAGCCAGACCUCUCAGGCAGACCACGGAGAUCCUGAAAAUAUCAACAGCAAUCAAAAUCUUGCACAAACAAAUGCCAGAUCAGCCAUCAGUGAUAGGAACAACAACGAGAAGCUCUUGUCAAAGUUAAUGGAGCUUAACAAACAACAGCAAAUACAGAGGGCUUCCCUCAAGACAAGCCUACAGCACAGAGAGAAAUCUGGUAGCGCUUUCAAGACAGCUGUUGUCAAGCAACCACAGUGGCUCGUUGAUGAUGAUGGAACAGACAGUGAUGACAGCAGUGAUGGCGAUAUUGAAGACUCAUCCAGUUCCACAUCUUCAUCCUCGAUCACCUCCUCUACAUCAUCCAGUGAUACAGUCGUGGAAGUUCCGUCCUUCACAUCCAUACCCAACAACACACCGUCACCAUCAUCCAAGGACACCACCAGCCUCUCCCCUCUUAAACUAGAGGAUAUCUUUGAUCCCAGCGAGUGUCAGCAAUUCCGCUCUGAACUUGUCCAACGUUGGCAGAAGAGCAUUCACCAAGAUGAUCCAGUUUGUCAUCCCAGCAGCCCAGAAACCAACCAUCUACCUCUUGUUGUCUCAAGGGAAGCGCAGAGAUCUCCUGUGGGUUUUUCAGGGAGGGCGGAUGGACCCAAGCCAUACUCACAGCCCGUCUCCGAUGGCAUUUCACACAGGUUGAAAGUGUCAUCCCAGCUGUCUUGUAACAGAAAUGAGAAACGACUUUCAUGGCCGCCCCGUUCCACAAGAAAAACCACAUUCACAGAGAGGGUGUCAAACUGGGGGCGAGGAGGUAAUGCUUACCCUGGAAACGGAUCUGAUGGCAAUGGCCUCGGGUCCAGAGGGAAUAACUCCAACCUACGAUCUAUCAUGGAUCAGAGAUUUAUGCUAAAGCCGGCUGCAAGACACACACAUCUCAGUGAAAUGCAGGAGUUUGCUGAAAACCCUGAACAACUCGGCGGCCAGAUAGUCAGUGAUUGCCAGCAUCAUCCAAGCCAUCGGGAGGUAGUCUACAAAAGCCACUUGUCCAAAGUCAGGUUGUCAAGACCACCCAAAGGGUGCAUAUCUGACUUUAACUCGACCAACAGCUCAACUGACACUUACUCAAAACACAGCAGUGCACUGAGGUUGCUCAAUUUUCCUUAUCAUUCCACAGCCUACAUGAAAUCUAAUUCUUUACCCCCAAGCUUGACAAGGACCCCACUCGCUGAAAAGCUCCCUAAGAGACCACCUAGCUAUGAAGAUCACAUAUCAAGGUAUGGCCUGCCUCCAAAAUUCAAACCAGCCCAAGCGACCGACGGGGACAAGCAUGGCCCAGCAUUAAAGCUGUGGCGGGCAGAGCCUGUGACAAUUUCGGAGGUCAGGACAAUCCGUCUUCAUUCAGCCGAAGACAUCUUCAAGAUGAAGCAGGAUCAGGUGUCUUUGGAGAGCAGCAACUCAAAUAGCCAAACAGCAAGUCUGUCGGAAUCUGAGUAUGAAACUCUGUCAGAGGCCAGUGAGACCGAAUCGGAAAUUGGCGUAGCAGAUGCACGGUUGGCACGGAAACAGCACUCCAGCACAGGAUCCUCUUUACCCUCCGCCAGAACACUGCAGUGCCACCCAACUCCUCCCCGACGACGUAAGAAACUGCAACGCAGCUGCUCCGACGAGGGAACGGCACUCCUCGGUGACAAUCUGAUGAAAGGUGGCAGGAAAUGGGCCCUGGAUUCCCCCAAAAAUCACAAUAUUUACUUGAUGCUAACUCUGUAAAUUUUGAAAACCCGAUUGAAAUUUUGUACGCAACAACAAUAUCACAUUGGAGUAAUUAGUUUCAUAGCUGCCACUUUAAAAUUGUUUCAAGAAAUGAGGGCUUUCUGUCAAAGAUUUCACAUAUUAGUGGAUGACGCUAAACCAAGAUUUGCCUCUUCUUCUGUGAAUACUUCUAUUUUCUCCAUGUACAUGUUCUGUACAUUGUAAAUUGUACAGAAAUUUAAACAAAAAUUAAGCCUUGAUCAAUUGAAAUUUUAGAUUUGUUUUUGUAUUCAUAUCAUAGACUAGGAGUUACGAUAAUCACAAUAUUAUCCUUUAAGGAUGAAACUUUUAUAUUAAAAUAGAUCUUCUUUGCAUGGUUGGGAAAAACUUGCACUUUUGUGGGAUCCAUGUGGGAAAAUCCAUGUGCACCGAGCGUUUUACCUCGAAGAGGCCACUUUUUAAAAGCACAAAAAAGUGAGGGCACUUUGUAAAUGACACUCAUGUCAUA